AUGGAUGAAAAUCAGACACAAUGUUGUUCAUAUUCACGGAACAGCAAUUAUUUGUCAUAUAAUAAACGAAUUGUUUUUGUACGACGACCAGGAGCAAAUAAUUUUCCAUCCGCGGAUUGCUUUCGAUGCGAAGAUUGUCUUGCACCAAAUCGAUUAGAUGUUGGAAAUGGACAAUGUAUUGUACGGACAUUGUUCCUUUCAGUGGAUCCAGCACAGCGGUGCCGGAUGAACAAAUCAACAGGUGUUGAUUAUUUAGCACCAUACGAAAUAGGCGAAUUAGUUGACGGCUUGGAAGGAAUUGGAGUUAUCGAAAUGGUAUCAUCAAAUAGUGCUUUCAAAGUUGGAGAUUUGGUAACAAGUAUUGGACGGUUAUGGCCAUGGAGUAGGCUUUUUGUUGCGGAUGAAGUUGAUCUCGUAAGGGUUACUUUACCACCUGGUUUUUCCCCAUCAAUUAUACUGAGCUGUGUGGGUCUGUCUGGCUUAACAGCUUUGCUUGGUAUUCAAAAAAAAGCUGAAAUUGAUCGAACACGACCGCAAACAUUUGUCGUUUCCGGUGCAGCCGGUUCAUGUGGUUCAUUAGCUGGACAGAGGUUGAUAUUCGUCUAUUUCCGUAUGGCCAAGAACUGUGCCAUUGGGACGGAAUGCGUUGCAAUGGAUAUUGUUUUGAUUGCACGUUUACAUGGUUGUACAAAAGUGAUUGGUAUUUGUGGUUCGGAUCAAAAAUGUGCUGUCUUAUUGAAUGAAUGGGGUUUCAAUGGUGCGAUAAAUUAUAAACGAGAAUCUGUUGUUGAUCGUCUGCAUAAGCUUGCCCCGGAAGGUGUUGACAUAUAUUUUGAUAAUGUUGGUGGCUUUGUGAGCGAUGCUGUAAUAUCACUGAUGAGCGAAGGUGGUCGUAUUGUUUUAUGUGGACAAAUAGCUGUGUAUAACACCGACUUACCAAAUCCGCCACCUCUUCCGGAGAAAACGGCUCAAAUUAUUGCGGAAAGAAAAAUUAAGAGAGAGAAAUUCAUCGUAUUGCAAUAUAAGGAUGAUAUCGACACAUCUGUGGCACAACUUUCAGCAUGGUUACAGGAGAAAAAAUUAAAGAGUAGAGAAACAGUAUAUGAAGGUUUGGAACGAGCACCAGAAGCAGUUAUAGAUCUUUUAAAUGGUUGUAAUAUCGAUCUACGACAUACAAUAAUUACAAAUGCUGAAGUAUUCCGUUUGCUACAGGAUAGACGAAAACAGCAAAAUGAACUUCCAAAAGAUCAACGACCAAAGACUAUUGGAACAGUUAUAUAUGAGACAUGCAAAUAUUUACAAGAAACACCAGCUGUUACGCAAAAAAAUGCAGAUAUUGAACAAUUUAUUCGUGCAGUAACUCCAUUCAAGCUGACGGGGGUAGAGAUCUUACAGCUCAUAAAUUUGCGGCCUAUAACAGCUAUAGAGAUCCAACUAAUAGUGGAAGAAUGUGAAGAACGAUUAAACGAAGAACAAAUCGAUUCUUUAAUAGCUAUAAUUCAAGAAAAUUUGCCGGAACCAUUAUCUGAUGUUUCUAAAGUGAAUACUACCAGUGAAAAGGAAAGCUGA